AUGUCGAAAGCGCAAUUCCUACGAGAAUACAAGUUAGUUGUUGUCGGUGGUGGUGGUGUUGGUAAAUCCGCACUCACUAUUCAAUUUAUCCAAUCGCAUUUCGUUGAUGAAUAUGAUCCUACUAUUGAAGAUUCUUAUCGUAAACAAUGUGUUAUUGAUGAGGAAGUCGCAUUAUUAGAUGUUUUGGAUACAGCAGGACAAGAGGAAUACAGUGCAAUGCGCGAACAAUACAUGCGUACCGGCGAAGGAUUCCUACUUGUCUACUCGAUCACAUCUCGUAAUUCAUUCGAGGAAAUCUCGACCUUUCAUCAACAGAUUCUUCGAGUAAAGGAUAAAGAUUAUUUCCCGAUCAUUGUGGUGGCGAAUAAAUGUGAUCUGGAUAGUGAACGACAAGUUUCUGGGCAUGAGGGACGAGAAUUAGCAAAACACUUCAACUGCCGCUUCAUUGAAACAUCAGCGAAACAACGCAUCAAUGUCGACGAAGCAUUCUACAAUCUCGUACGCGAGAUUCGAAGAUACAACAAAGAACAACAGUAUGGGGGACGAAGUCAAACAAACGGAACUAAUAACAACGGGGAGUUCACUCCUGAAGAUGAGAGAUCAUCAGAAACAGUCAACCAGUUUGACGAUCAUGAUAAACGGGGAAACCCGCACCCACUUGGAGUAGCCUCUUUCGCCGUAACUACAUUCGUCUUUUCAUUUUACAAUCUCGGUGUCUGCGGAAUCACGCAUGACAAUGUCGGUCUCGGUCUAGCGUUAUUUUACGGUGGAUUCACACAAUUUAUCGCGGGCAUGUUGGAAAUGUAUUUGGGUAACACGAUGUCAGCCACGGUGUUUAGUUCAUACGGUGCAUUCUGGUUGUCGUUCGGCUUGAUUUCAUUACCCUCUUCGGGAAUAAGCGCGGCUUACGCCGAUCCUAAAGAAUUCGAUUAUGCGAUUGGUAUCUUUUUCACUGCUUGGGCAAUUUGUAAGUUUUUAUUUGCUGAUCUAUAG